AUGCAAUCCUCUUUCGCUUCGUCUUUCAGAGCCUCAGCCCGCAGAGCGGCCUUCUCCUCUGCCCGUGUCCCUAAGGGCCCCCUGCGCUCCGCGUACCGCAAGUACUCGACCGAGCCAGAGGCACCCAAAUCUAAGACUGGACUUUACGCUGGUAUCGGAGCCCUCGCCGUCGGAGGAGGUCUUGCUCUCUACUUCUACUCGUCCUCGCCGGACACCUUGGCCACGAGCGCAAAGUCGGGUGCACAGGCAGUCAAGGUCGCCGCCAACUUCGUCCCGACGAAGGAGGACUACCAAAAGGUCUACAACAAAAUUGCAGAGGCCAUUGACGAGGCCGGCGACUAUGAUGAUGGUUCUUUCGGUCCUGUUUUCCUCCGUCUCGCGUGGCACUCGUCGGGUACUUAUGACAAGAACACGUCAACCGGCGGCAGCAACUAUGCUACCAUGCGUUUCGAGCCUGAGGCUCUCCACGGCGCUAACAAUGGCUUGAACAUUGCUCGCGGCCUCAUGGAGAAGGUUAAGCAGGAGUUCCCGUGGAUAAGCUACGGUGACCUGUGGACUCUUGGUGGCGUGGCUGCUAUUCAGGAAAUGUCCGGUCCCAAAAUCCCUUGGAGAGCCGGUCGCAUCGAUGGCUUCCCUAAGGAUGUUACUCCCGACGGUCGUCUUCCCGACGCCUCCCAGGGCCAGAACCAUCUUCGGGAUAUCUUCUACCGCAUGGGCUUCAAUGACCAGGAAAUUGUUGCUCUCUCCGGUGCCCAUGCACUUGGACGUGCUCACACUGACCGUUCUGGAUUUGAGGGUCCCUGGACUUUCUCCCCAACCACUCUGACCAACGAAUUCUACAAGCUUCUGUUGGACGAGAAGUGGAUCUGGAGAAAGUGGGCUGGUCCUAAGCAGCUCACAGACAAGACCACGGGCACGUUGAUGAUGCUCCCCACCGACUAUGCCCUCGUCCAGGAUAAGACUUUCAAGAAGUACGUCAAGGCCUACGCCGCUGACCAGGAUCUCUUUUUCAAGGACUUUUCCGCCGUCGUCUCGCGGCUCUUCGAGCUCGGUAUUCCCGAUUCGCAGUUCACUUCCACCGAGAAGUGGACGCUGAAGUCGCUUGACGAGCAAAAGGAGGCGUCGAAGUGA